UAUGUAACCUCAAUGUACUGGUCCAUCACUACUCUAACUACAGUUGGUUAUGGUGACCUACAUGCCGAGAAUACGAGAGAGAUGAUCUUUGACAUCGUUUACAUGCUCUUUAACCUGGGGCUGACAGCAUAUUUGAUAGGAAAUAUGACCAAUUUGGUUGUUCAUGGAACCAGUAGGACCAGAAAAUUUAGAGAUACCAUUCAAGCUGCAUCAAGUUUCGCUCAGAGGAACCAGUUGCCUCUUCGCCUACAAGAUCAGAUGCUCUCUCACUUGUGCUUGAAGUUCAGAACUGACUCAGAGGGGCUGGAGCAGCAAGAGACUCUAGAUUCUCUUCCAAAAGCCAUCCGGUCAAGCAUUUCACAUUUUCUCUUUUACUCCCUAGUGGAUAAGGUGUACUUAUUUCGUGGCGUGUCCAACGACUUGCUCUUCCAACUGGUUUCAGAGAUGAAAGCUGAGUACUUUCCUCCCAAGGAGGAUGUAAUUCUGCAGAAUAAAGCUCCAACAGAUUUUUACAUUCUUGUGUCAGGAGCAGUGGAUUUACUGGUUUUCAAAAAUGGUGGCGAGCAGAUUGUUGGGGAGGCAAAAAAUGGUGAUCUCUGUGGUGAGAUUGGGGUUAUUUGCUAUAGGCCUCAGCUGUUCACUGUACGAACAAAAAGACUGAGCCAGCUAUUGCGACUGAAUCGAACCACAUUUAUGAAUAUCAUUCAGGCCAAUGUUGGAGACGGGACCAUUAUCAUGAAUAAUCUCCUUCAGCAUUUGAAGGAGCUAAAGGAUCCAAUCAUGGAGGGAGUGCUGAUAGAGACAGAGAACAUGCUAGCUUGUGGAGUGAAAAGCUGCGUGAGAUUAGCAGAGCUCCUAAAAUUAUGAUUUGUAUUAUCUUGAUGUUGGCCAUGCUACUUAUGAUCUCUGUUGCUGGGAAAAAUAGGGGACAUGCAAGAGAAGGAAAAUUGGUACUAAGCUUGGAAUGAGUUACCGAAUCUGGGGGUGAUGACUG